UGUUUCAAUCUCUUCUUUUUGCUGCUUCUUCAUCUUCUUCUUGUCUCCGUUAAUCUCAUCGAUCUCUUUAAAAAAACCCGAAGCUCUGAUCUGUUCAUAUUCCGAUUUCUCUCUGUAAUCUUAUCUCCAAGUCCCACAGGCGGCGAUGGUUUCCGAGUGAUUUUGGAUUCUUCUUCUAUUUAGGUAACAUAAGAGCUUAGCUAAUGGCGCCUUCAAGGUCAAAGAAAUCUAAGUACAAGAAAACUCCCCGUGGUAAAGCUGUCUCUCCUCAAAAAGAGGAAGAAAAUAUGAGUAAAACCAAACAACGGAAGAGGAAGUUGUCGGAUAUGUUAGGUCCUCAGUGGAGCAAGGAAGAGUUGGAGCGCUUUUAUGAAGGAUACCGCAAAUUUGGAAAAGAAUGGAAAAAGGUGGCUGCGUUUGUACAUAGCCGUUCUGCAGAAAUGGUAGAGGCUCUAUACACUAUGAAUAAGGCUUACUUGUCUCUUCCCGAAGGCACUGCUUCUGUGGUUGGCCUUAAUGCGAUGAUGACUGAUCACUACUCUGUUUUGCAUGGAGGAAGUGACAGUGAGCAGGAAAACAAUGAAGGUAUUGAAACUCCGAGGUCUGCCUCUAAGCGCUCUAGAGUAAAAUCCUCAGAUCAUCCCUCUGUAGGAUUAGAGGGUCUGUCUGACCGCUUGCAAUUCAGGUCUUCUUCAGGCUUCUUGCCAUCGCUGAAAAAGAGACGUACUGAGAAUGUGCCUCGUGCUGUUGGAAAAAGGACUCCUAGAAUUCCUAUCCCAUAUACCAUUGAGAAGGAUACUAGGGAAAGAUAUUUAUCACCUGUUAAGAGGGGUCUAAGUCAGAAGGGGGAUGAUACUGAUGACGAUAUGGAACAUGAGAUUGCUGUAGCAUUAGCUGAGGCUUCGCGACGAGGUGGCUCUACAAAUAACUCCCACACACCGAAUAAAAAAGCAAAGAUGUACCUCUCUGAUAAAAAGGGUGAAAGAAUGCGUGCCGAUAUUGACUUGGCGAUUGCCAAGCUUCGUGCCGGUGAUAUGGAAGAUGUUCGCUGUGAACCAAGCUUAGGAAGCACUGAAGCUGAUAAUGCGGAUUAUUCUGGAGGUAGAAAUGACUUGACGCAUGGAGAAGGUACUAGCGCCAUGGAAGUGCAGCAAAAAGGAAGAAAAUACUAUAGGAGGAGAUUAGGCAUUAAAAAAGAAGAUGCAAAAGAAGCCUGCAGUGGUACAGAUGAAGCACCAAGCUUAGGCGCCCUCGAUGAGAAAUUUGAACCAGAAAGGGAUGAGAAGUCUUUGAAACUCACAUAUAAAUUUUCAAGGAGAAAAAGUAAAAAGAGUCUCUUUACUGCAGAUGAAGACACAGCAUGCGAUGCUCUCCAGACGCUGGCAGAUCUGUCGCUGAUGAUGCCUGAAACUACCACGGAUACUGAGUCUUCUGUUCAAGUUGAGGAAAAUCGAGCUGAAAAAGCUUUUGUGUCAAAUUUAAAAGGGACUGAUCCAGCAUCAAUGUCUAAAAGUAGUUCUCUUAGAAACUCCAAACAGAGAAGAUUAGGCAGCAAUGAUCUUUGUAAUACUGAAACUGAGAGAAAGAGUCCUAGUAGCUCUUUAAUCCGAAAGAGACGGCAGAUAACAUCACCAACUAAGGUUACCAAAGAUGAGCUUGCUGCAAGCUCACAAGUCAUAGAGCCUUGCAAUAACAAGGGAAUAGGUGAGGGAAAUAAGCCUGUUGGGAGAAGUAAACGGUCUGCAAGUAUUCGAAACUCACAUGAAAAGAAGCCUGUUAAAUCUCAGGAUCGUACUCCCUCAAGUAACAACAUAGUAGAAGAAGAUGAGUUAGCUCCAUCAAAUGCAGUCAUAAAAAAACAAGUUAACUUGCUAACUAAAGUUAGGAGCAGAAGAAAGAUAGUACCUGAGAAACCUCUAAGUAUGGGUGACUGGAAAAAUUCUGAGAUUCUAGAGAAGUUUUCGCAUUGCAUAUCUAGUUUCCGAGCACGAAGAUGGUGUCUUUUUGAGUGGUUCUACAGUGCAAUUGACUAUCCAUGGUUUGCCAGACAAGAGUUUGUUGAGUAUUUGGAUCAUGUAGGGUUGGGCCAUGUUCCUAGAUUAACUCGCGUUGAAUGGGGUGUCAUAAGGAGGUUAUCACUAACUAAACUUUUUAUCUUAGGACUGAUUGUGUUGUCUGCUGUAGGGAAUAGGUGA